UUGCUGGCAGCGAUGUGUACCUGGUGCUGCACCACGCUUUUCACAUGCCCUCAUCACCGUACCUACAUAUCAGCGAAUCGACGCAUGUGCAGCAACAUGAAGCACUGCUCCUGAAUUUGAAAUAUGUAAUCGCCAUGGCGUGGUUUGCACACACACAGUAGUAUGUAAUAUGCUGCGUUGUGUAUCUGCAACGUCGUGUGUGCUUGCUGCUCGCCCAGCGGCAGAUUCAGCCGGCGAUUCCAUCUCGCAUCAUGAAACUACGCCAGCAUGGCAUCAGAUGCUUUGGCUGCUGCUGUGCCACCAGGCCAUCAUCAUCAUCAUGACUCUCUCUCUCGGCCGUUUUGGCCGAGUUCCGUCAGGGGAGAGAGCAAGAGAGCCCCAUCCAAACUGUGGCCAAGAACUGGAUGGAAAGGUGCUCCGUUUUCCUGUUGCCAUCGUCAGCAUAGCAGCGACUUGGUCUGCCAAUUAGGGGCCCCCAUCCGCCAAAACCAAGGAAAUUCCUGCGGUGCGCCUUUUUGUCGUGAUUUUGGGUGCGUCGUGCUGCCCCCACCGCCCAAACUAACGUCAUCCGGUGCUGCUGCGUUAGCGGUUUA